AUGGAAGUGAGAAAACGUUUAUCAUUCGAACAAAAACGUUCAUUUGAUGUUGGUGAAGAUGUUCUUGCAUUGAAAAUUACUCCUAAUAAUCGAUAUUUUGUUGCGGCAUUAAUGGAUACAACUGUCAAAGUAUUCUUUAUAGAUUCAUGUCAAAUGUUUCUUUCAUUAUAUGGACAUUCUCAACCUGUACUUUGUCUUGAUAUAUCAUCAGAUAAUCGUCUUGUUAUAACUGGUUCAAGUGAUCGUAAUAUUAAAAUUUGGGGUUUAGAUUUUGGUGAUUGUCAUCGUUCAUUAUUUGCACAUGAUGAUACAAUAACAGCAAUACAAUUUGUACCAAAAACACAUUUAUUUUUUUCAACUAGUAAAGAUAAUAGAUUAAAAUAUUGGGAUGCUGAUAAAUUUCUUCAUAUACAAACAUUAGAUGGUCAUUGUGGUGAAAUUCGUUGUAUGUCAAUAACAAAUAAUGGAAUGCAUAUUGUAACUGCUGCACAUGAUCGAUCUAUUCGUUUAUGGGAAAGAACAGAAGAAUCUUUAAUACUCGAUGAAGAAAAAGAACAGGUAAUCUUUUUUUUUGUUACAUUUCAACUAAAGAUUGACUGGGAAAGGAUUGAUACAUCGAUUUCGCGAAAGCUUGUUUUUUUUUCUUUUUGUUCUAGAAUCGAGAAGUCUGAAUAAGCCUAAUUUUCAUAGAUUUGAUAUGCUUGUCUGUCUAUUUUCUUUUAUAUACUAAUAUUAUGAUGAUAAUUGAAUGAUAGCAGAAGAUUGUUUUUAUUAGAAGACAAGAAAGUCAUGUAUACUGAAACAAUAUGAUUAUAAGAAAAAUUGAUUGAUUUCAUAUUGUAUUUAUCUAUCGAGAAUAAACAAAAACAAGAAAACUCUUAAGAAAUUUUUGAAUGAACUCCAUAAACUGAUUACAAUGGGUCUAUUAAAUCUUGUUUUAUUAUGACAAUAUAAAUAUAAAUCAGAAAACAAUAGGAUUUAAUCAACAAUUCAUAUAAGAUGGUAAUAAUAAUAACUGAUAAAAUAGUGCCAAUAGUAAAUUAACGAAAUCGAUAAAGCAAACUAAAUAAAUAAAUGUAUAGAUAAUGAAUAAUAUAGUAAAUCAUAAAGAAUUUGAAUCGACUUACGAGGGAACCUCUCCAGGUGUAACCCUCAGAUUUUUAGUGAUCUUUUGUCCACAGAUACUACAUAGUGCCCUAGUAAGAACCCUAAAAGGAUUUGGGUUCAGGGCCCUUUCUUCAAAAGUUAUGAAUAUUUUAAUUUCACUUCUAUAUAGGUCAUAACAUACAAUAUUAGAAAAUCAGCAACAAAAUACCGACAACGUUGUGUGGAUUUAUAUUAUGCUUUGGUAGACUAAGAUUGGAUUAAAUGAAAGAUACAAAAAUGCCGAUUAUAUAUACUUUUUUUGUUAUAUUAUACGAAAAAAAGCACGUGGAGUGUUCAGUCGAAUGUACCCAUAUGAAAAUUACUAAUGUCGAAUUUUUUUGAAAAUAGCCUCCACCAUUUUUUGAAUAACUUUCGAUCGCUUAUAGCUAUUGAGCUCGGAUUUUCGCCAUUAGAAAGAGCAAGUGAGGGGACAUCUAUCUAUAUAACAUUCAUAAGGUCCGAAG